AUGACCAGCCGAAAAUGGCCAAUGAUUGUCGUGGGCUUCGUCAUCGUUUUCUAUGCCUUAAAACUAGCAUUCCCGGGUGGCCAAUAUAGUCGGCGCAACGACUCACAAUUGGCGCAUUGCAUCCGCGUCUCUCCGGAAGCGAAAACCUUACCGCGCACUGGGAAUCUUUUCUGCUGGGCCAUGACGUCUACGAAAUACCAUGAAAAUCGGGUUAUAGCCGUUAAUCAAACAUGGUUGCCUCGAUGUGAUCAUGGCCAGUUUUUCACGAACGAUGUCAUGGAUCCAAGGUUAAAUAUAGCCUACUCCACCGUAUUUGCCGGAAUUCCUGACUAUUACACCAAUCUUUUCUUCAAAACCCGCUACGCCCUACACUACAUUUAUCGUGAAAUUUCCGGCAGUUUUGAUUGGUAUUUGAAGGCUGAUGAUGACACCUAUGUAGUUGUAGAAAACCUACGCGCCUAUCUGGCCGGGCUUGACCCGAGCAUUCCGUAUUUUCUUGGGUAUCGAUUACGCCCAUUUCUUGUAACCAAAAAAAGAAGCCAAUUUCGUGAACACGGCUACAACGCUGGCGGGGCGGGUUAUGUGUUGUCUCGCGCUGCCAUGAAGCUUUUUGCUGAAAGAAUGUAUGGGAAUGAGACACUCUGCCCGGAUGACGAGGAUGAGGACGUUGGGUUAGCUAGGUGCUUCGCCAACAUUCAAAUAUAUCCACACGACACCAGGAAUGAGCUUGGGCAACAAAGGUUCAACACGCUGCGCCCAAAUGAAAUGUAUAAGGGCACGGGUCUCGAAGCGCUGUACUGGAAUUAUUAUGGCGCCCUGGAGGGUGGCGGCUUCUCAGAAGUUUUUCUCGGCAUACCAUUUGCUAAACCUCCAAUUGGAACGCUGAGGUUCGAGAAACCAAAGCCUCCAGAAAGCUGGGAGGACGUACUUGAUGCUACGAAGUACGGCCCAGCUUGCUAUCCACAUAACAAAACCGAAAUUCGCGAACCAACAAGCGAGGACUGCUUACAUUUGGGCGUAAUUAGGCCGAAGGAGGCGAAGACUUCUGAAAAGUUGCCCGUGCUCGUCUGGAUCCAUCCGGGUGGUUAUUCCGUGAGCUCGGCCUCCAAUUACCAUUAUUCGGGACUUGCCAACAUAUACAAUCCGCAUGGUAUCAUUGCCGUUGUAAUCCAGUAUCGGCUCGGAUUUUUUGGCUUUUUUAGUGAUGGCACAGAGCUACCCGGAAAUUUGGGACUCUGGGAUCAGAUAGCAGCGCUUAAAUUUAUCCAGGAAACCAUUGAGGACUUUGGCGGAGACAAGAACAAGGUAACAAUUUGGGGAAUGUCAGCCGGAGGAGCAUCCGCUUCUCAACUAGCUCUUUCUCCACACGCACAAGGCCUCUUCCACCGUCAAAUUGCCAUGUCGGGAGGGGCACUGAUGAACUGGGCUUUUGGAGAGAACGUGAUUUUACAUUCGAAUGCAAUGGCUAAGGAACUGGGUUGCUCCUCAACCGCCCAAUUGAAGGAAUGCCUUCAAGAAUUACCUGUGGCAAAGUUUUACGAUGCUGUGGAAGUUUUGGGAAGUUCUCAAUACAGUAUGGAUCUCCUUAAAUGGCAUCCUAGGGUUGAUGGUGAUUUGUUUCCGGCCGAACCGGAGGUUUUAAUAAAGAAAGCCCUAAAACGACCACAACUAAUGGGAGUGGCGGAGAAGGAGAGCUUGUUCUUUGUGAUUCUCAAUGAGGGAAAAUCAAUGCAAACCCUUGAAGUGGACCCAAGCGAAUUCCAUAACUUUGAUCGCAAGGAACUUGAAAAACGGAUCAAGACAUCA